CAAAUACUUCCUACUCUAUAUAUACGUGCAGAAUAACAAAUCUGGGUAUGCAUAGAUGUCUAUAGGCUUUCAAGUUCUUUCUUUAUAGCAAAACAUCUAUAACUCUUAGCAGAGCUCGUUAUAGGACAGAAACAGAAACAUAGCUUUCUACAACAAGGAAAUUAAAUUCGGUUACAGACUGUUUCAUUUUCUUUCCUUUCUAAGCAGUUCUUCUUUCUGUUUCUUUCCCCGGCCCGUUUCAUAUUCUUGUUCUCUUCUUCCCAUCUUACCUUUUCAUGCCCAACCUCCAAAACAAGAAGAGCUGUGUUUGAUCUAAUGGAAGGGUUAGAAUCGGUUUACGCACAAGCUAUCUAUGGAAUGACCCGAGAGAGCAAAAUCAAGGAGCAUCAAGGAUCAGAUUUGAUCUGGGGAGGAAAUGAUCUUAGCAGCUGUUUCAUGUCUGAUCUUGGAGUCACUGAUGUUGGAAACAGACCUGCUUCGAUAGAUCCAUCGUCACUGGAUUGUUUGUUAUCAUCGACGACGACGAACAGCAACAACACAUCGACGGAAGACGAAGAAGGAAUCUCUAUGCUUUUCUCAGAUUGUCAGACUCUUUGGAGCUUUGGUGGAGUCUCAUCUGCAGAGUCUGAGAACAGAGAGAUCACUACAGAGACAGCAACAACAACAACAACAACAAAGCCUAAGUCUUUGAAGAGAAACAGAGGAAACAGAGACGAGACACGAAGUCACUUCCGUCUUGUUCAUCCUCCUCAAGAAGAUUCCGAGAAAGGAAACUUCAAGCUCAUAUACGAUGAGAAUCAAUCUAAAUCGAAGAAGCCAAGAACAGAGAAAGACAUAGGCGGUGGUUCUUCAAACAUCAGUUUCCGACAACAUUCAACUUCUUUGUCUGAAAAUGUGGAGCCAGAUGUGGAGGCCAUUGCGCAGAUGAAAGAGAUGAUAUACACAGCGGCUGCGUUUAGACCGGUGAAUUUAGGGUUGGAGAUUGUCGAGAAACCUAAGAGGAAGAACGUGAAGAUAUCGACGGAACCUCAAACGGCAGCAGCAAGGCAGAGGAGAGAGAGGAUAAGCGAGAAGAUUAGGGUUUUACAGACUUUGGUUCCAGGUGGGACUAAGAUGGACACUGCUUCGAUGCUUGAUGAAGCUGCUAACUAUCUCAAGUUCCUUAGAGCGCAAGUCAAGGCUUUAGAAAACUUGAGACCCAAGCUUGACCCAACCAAUCUCUCCUUUUCCUCUCCUUCUUCGUUUCCGUUAUUCCACCCAUCUUUUCUUCCCUUUCAAAACCCUAAUCAGAUCCAUCAUCAUUGACAUAAUCAUAGCUUCUUGAUUGUUAUAGCAGUUCUCAAGAAAGACACUUCUAUGUUUAGAGUGGUGUGUGGGCAGUAUUGUUUCUACUUUCCAGUCUUUGUUUUUUUUGCAUUUCUUUUUAAACAAAAAAUUUAACCACUCUUUUGUAAUAUCUAUGGAAUUUCGAGGGUUGAAAUUUUGAAAAACAGAGCCCAAAAGAGGAUAAUUUACUUAUCUUUGCAACAUUU